GCAACAGAUUUGCAUGAAGCUGAAGUGCUUGCGCAACGCUCACAACGGGAAUAGCCCAGCGAACGUGAGACCAUGUUGCGUCGCGGCGGCAGCUUCGCGCCCCUGGCCACGGCUCUGGGUAGAACGCACCACGUGCGCUGCAUGCAGAGCCACCAUUCUACCUCUGAACUCUACGAGACGCCCAUUCCCAUGGACCAGGUGCGCGAGAUCGCCGACACGGAGCCCACGCCUCUGUCUUUGCAGCAGAUGCGAUCGUUUGCCGAUGGUGGCGCCAAGCUGCACAUUGUAUCGGCCAAGUUCCUGCACAAGGAGCUGCAGUCUCGCUUCGCUCGGUAAGAAGACCAUGACCCUUUCACCAAAAUCAUGAUUAUUGCCGUGUAUUGCGCGCUUUCCAUCUGUUAUGCAGUUUAUAGUAGCUCUUACCGUGUUUUUUGUGGAUGUUUAGUGCUAUUGUGGAGCUCUCGGAGCUACCACUGGGGCUGAGCGACACUGCGUCCAUCCGUCAAGCCAUCGACGUCUACCGACGAGAACUGCAGUGGAUCAACUCUACAAAACCACCAGCCACUGUCGCGGAGGACCGAUUGUUCACAGACACGCUGCGUCAAGCCAAGGCACGCGGCUCCAACUUGGUGCCGCUGAUCUGUUAUGGUCUUCAACAACUCAAGGCUACGGAUCUCGGACACAGUGCCUUGCAAAUUGAGAGCGCGCAGGAGGACAUCAAGAGCCGACUGGACAAGUUUUUCCUGGGGCGUAUCGGCAUCCGCAUGCUCAUUGGUCAGCACGUGGAGUCACUCGAGCACCCAGGAGGACGUGUUCAUCUUAUAAACGUCGAGGAAAUCGUGCGUGAGGCAUGCGAUCGAGCCACAAAUUUGUGUGUCCAGUACUGCGGUGAGGCUCCGCCAGUGGAGAUCCACGCGACAGCAAGUGCUAGUACACCGUUGAUGUAUGUGCGGUCACAUCUGCACCACAUGGUCUUCGAGCUCGUGAAGAAUGCCAUGCGUGCGACGGUAGAGUACCACAAAAAGAGGAUUGGCAAAGCCCCAGGUGAACUCAACCAUUUCAAGCAAGUAAUGAACCCGGACAGUCCGUCCUUGGGAUUCUUCCUUCCUUCGGUUGAAGACGUUUCUGGUGUCAAGAUAUUCCCUGACGUUAGUAAAUACAAGCUUGGAGGAGAACUACCGCCAGUGGAAAUCGUAAUUUGCGUGGGCAGUGAGGAUCUGACCAUCAAGGUCAGUGACGAGGGCGGAGGUAUUCCACGCAGUCGCUGGAAUAAGUUGUGGCACUACGACUACACCACAAGCGCUCCUUGCCCACCUAUCGACUCCAAUGCAGCCUACAGGCAACACUUUAGUGGAGGUGGCUAUGGACUGCCGAUGGCAAGGUUAUUUGCACGCUAUUUCGGAGGUGAAAUCACUUUUAGCUCGCUCGAGGGCUCCGGGUCGACUGGGUUCAUUCAGGCUCAUCGCCUUGGAACCAACACAGAAGUCGUCCCUGGUCAUGCGUCCUUCAACCUCCCGCCACUCUAUUCGUAAUUUAGACGCCAAAUAAUGCUUAACAUACGUAUUGGCAUUGUGCAUGAAGCAUUGCUAACAAGUCAGGAUAUAGUAGCGGGUAGUGUCAACGUGGUAGUAGAUUUCACUUUUUACACAGCGUGGUCCUUGAUCGGGUCCCAUGCCGUCACAAAGUACGCGUCCAAGCC